AUGCGCAGUCUCGUGCUCCUCUCGGCGCUCCUCUUUGCAUGCGCCGUCUCCGUCGAAGCGUCUGCGGGCUGCGAUACGUGCGCCAACACGGGCAUGUGUGCUCAAGCCUUCAAGGGCGCUCCCGGUCAGUUCUGUGGCCGCUUUAGCGGCGGCGUCACGUGCUGCUGCCCCGCCCAAGCGCAGUGCAACAUGUCGCCGUUCGACUGCCGCUGCCGCGCCGUUCAACUCCGAAGCCCCUCGUCAAGCUCGCACUCGGGUGGUAUUGUGGGCGGCGGUAUUUUUUCCUUCCUCGCGUUCGUCAUCUGCUGCUGCCUCUGCUGCCGCUGCUGCAAGUCGCGCGACGAGCCCGCAUACGUCGCGAUCGGCAGCCAGCCGCAGUACGUCGCUCAACCUCAGUACGUUGCCCAGCCGCAGUACGUCACCCAGCCUCAGUACAGCGCCCAGCCUCCGUACGCGACGCCGUACGGCGGGCAGCCCGCGGUCGUCUAUGCGAACGCACCGCCGGCCCCGGUUGUGUACCAAUCGUACCAAAACAACUACUCUGGCGGUGACGUAGCGCUUGGCACCGCGGCCGGCCUCGCGACGGGCGUCGUGCUCGCCGAGGCCAUGCACUCUCACGAGUCUUACGAUGGCGGCAACUACCAGUCGUACGAUUUCGCCGGCGACACGGGCGGCGGUGACUUUGGCGGCGAUACUGGCGGCGACACCUUUAGCGGUGACUUUUAG